AUGAUACAAGAGCCUCUUGUCUUCCUAGAAAUUGAAGGAUUCUUGGAAAUGGACAGGAAGGAAUAUUUCUUAAAAUACUUCCAAGAUGAAUAUGAAUCAAUGAGAGCCUUUGACUUGACAAAGAGCAAUGCAGCUUUGUUCCAUAUGUGUUCAACACCCAUGACAGACAAAGACAAUGAAAACUACUACUCCUUUGUCCAUGUCAAUAUCCAGCAGUUCCUUGCUGCCAUAUUUUACAUUCUACGGAGUGAGGAGAAAGACCAGGAUAACCACAGGAGGAACACUGGGGAUAUAUAA